CAAUCAGCGAGGGAGGAGUUGCAUGUUGUAACAUAAAAGUUAGAUUAAGUCAAGUUUGUGGAAGAUUUUCGGUUAUUUGGUUCAAUAUUUUAGAUAAGAACGUGAACUGUAUGAUUUUUGUUUUGUUAGAAAACUAUGUUUAUUAAUUAAUGAUAAGAAUGACUGAAACGGCAGUUACUCGACUCAUUAGCGACCCCACAAAAAUUCCGAGCUCGCUAAAUGGGAUAUACCCAACUACAAACUUAUCCUGUGAGUAUAAUACUGAGCCUCAUCCUGCGUUUGAUAUAUUGCCGCAAUUGGCAGACCACGAAAAUGGUAUGACUACUGGUCAUUUAGGGUUAGAUAUGAACAAUAUUAGACUGCAAGUACCACCGAGAAAAACGUACGAUCACAUUCAAGACAAAGAGUUGAGGAAGAAAAUGAAAAAUCGAGAAUCGGCACAGGCAGCAAGAGACAGGAAAAAGGCCAAAAUGGUUUUUCUAGAAAAUAAAGUUUCUGAACUUUUAGAACGCAAUAGAUAUCUGGAACAUGAAAACGAAAAUCUUCGAAAAUGGAUUCAAAAAGUGGAUACAACUUAUUUUUGGAAUUCAAAGGCAUCAAAUAAUCAUAAUCAGCACAUUUCGUUUCCUGCUACAUACUCAGGAAGUCCUGGAAUCAGCAACUCAUCCGAGAGCGUGGAUUCAGUCGAUCGUGACCAAACGAUGCAAUAUACAUUUGGCAAUAAUGCGAAUAACACUUUUCCGUUAACAAUAGAUGCAAACAUGGAAAAACAACAUCAGAUCGCAAUCGUGGCGGACUGCGUGUCUCGAGAAGAAACCGAAAGAAGGGAAGUGUACGGAGUCAAGAAGUACGCCGGUAUCCAAGAAAAUACAAACAGCAUCACAUCACGGCAUCCAGAUGAACAACGAUUUUCUACAGCUAAUCAAAUGAACAACUGCAACUUGAUUGCUUCACAAGAAAGCGUUGAAUUUCCUUCUGCCUCUAAUCAAGACUGGCUGAUGUCCGCAUAUAUGAAACCGGGAUUAACGUCAAACACUCGUCAUAGCAUCGAUGAAGUUGGUCCUUUAUUCAACGACGGUAUUAAUGGCGCGGAAUGCGAAUUUAAAUGGGAUACUAAUUGUUCUACUAUAUCAGGUUCACCUGAUUAUCAAGGAAGGAGGCAUCACCAAAAUAAUAUCAUUCCAUACUGCACCGCCACUAAUAUUGCUACAAUGUCUUCACCUGACAUGAGUGGUGAAUCUACUAUUUCGUCGCCUUGCAGCACUGACAUGACUCACGGGCUAGUGGAAGAAAAUUUUAUGCUACAGGUUCAUUGAUGAACUAUAGCAUAACGGUUUGCAAUUUACAUUACUGUACAAUACCACGUUAUCGAACGUAGAAGUGGGAAAACAAUAUUUUAUACUAGCUAACAAAUUUAUAUUUAUUAUGUUGUACAACUAACCACGAAGCUGAAAUUUGGACAGUAUAUGCAAAGUUUAAAUGGCGUCACCAGGAUCUUUGAACAAUUUUUAUUUUAUUUCCGACCGAAAAGUAUACAUUUUGCUUUUGUUAAGUUUGUAUGAUGUACAAGUAUUUUCUUUCGCAUGCGUGUUGGUACAUUUCGUAAUGGUAGUUUCACAAUGGGGAGAACUUCACCAAUGUAUAUUGUUAUUGUGAGUUGCUUGCCUAUCAAUCACAGCUUUUGAUUUAUUGCCUUCAAUAAAUUCUAAACGCUCAUCAUUUGAGUCUUAAUAUUAAAAACUUACAACCAAAGCUUUGGCCCUUGACAAAAGUUUUGUUUUAAAAAUGUACAAAUAGAAAACCCGUAUUUAAUUCUCACAAAAUUCUUUUAGAAACCUGCAAAGAAGAAACCUUUUUUAAAUAAUUCUAUGGGCCAAGAAAAACGUUACUUUAUUAUUUUUUCUAUAUAUAUAGUUUUUGAUAAUGUAGUUGUAUUUUGAUCGGACCACGAGAAAAAGUGAAGAAUUCGUGAAUUGAAGCUUUAUUCUACUCAUAUAUAUUGCUGCAACAUUUGGUUAAUUUAUUGAAAUUUCACAAUGACAAAAGUGUUUUUAAUACUUUGUAACUAAAGUGCCUUCCAUUUUAUACGUAUUGCAUACAUGGGUUUCCUAAUUAUUUGUUGCCAUCAUUAAAAUCUUAAGUUUCAAAA